GAACUUAAGCAAAUGAUGGGUGGAAACCCUAAUUGGUGGACAACUUCUUUAGCUGAACAGCCUCAGACAUGGAGCCAAUUUGUGAUGAGCAACCGUGUCGUCUCCGGCAGUGGCGGUGGCGGCCCCGACCCCGACCGCUCGUUGGAGUCGAAUCGCUCCGCUGUAGUCGGCGGUGGAGCGUGUAAGAAAGCUAGGGUUCAUCCGCCCUCUUCAACCCAACCACCUUUAAAGGUGAGGAAGGAAAAGCUCGUAGAUCGAAUUACAGCUCUUCACCAAAUCGUCUCUCCAUUCGGAAAGACUGAUACUGCCUCGGUGUUGUCAGAAGCUAUUGGGUAUAUCAGAUUUCUUCAGGGACAAAUUGAGGCUCUUAGUUACCCUUAUCUGCGAAGUGCUCCAAAAGAGCUCACGAAUUCCCAGCCUCUUGGAGAUGAAAGGAAAAGGCAAGAGAAGCCAUUGAAGGAGCUGAGGAGUAGAGGGCUUUGUUUGGUACCACUCUCAUGCACACACCUCCUUGGAGCUGACACCACUUAUGGAACUGGCUUUUGA